CAACCUCCUCCAGUCAUAUGUCCACCUAUGCAAUCAACUCAUCUUGGACAAUCUUCUACUACUUCUUUGCUAAGAACAUUACCAACCAUGAUUUCUCACAGCAAAACUCACUAGCACCUCACUCCCUAACACACUCUAUGUCAUCGUCGUUCCCUAGUGAAUCAACUACCGAGCUAGAACCAUUGCCUGCUAUCCUGCCUUCACCAUCAGAAUCAUCAUCUAUGUCUCCACCACCUACUAACACUCAUCAUAUGGUCACACGAUCCAAGGCUGGAAUCUUUAAACCUAAAGUUCUUCUCACGACCGACCUACAAAACAACAAACCAAACUCUUUCAAAGAAGCUCUCAAAUGUCCUCAAUGGAAUAUGGCAAUGCAUGAGGAAUAUACUGCAUUAAUUAACAAUGGUAUUUGGAACUUAGUCUCUUUGCUCCCAGACAGAAAGUUGAUUGGCAACAAAUGGGUGUUUAAACUCAAGAGAAAUCCUGAUGGUUCUAUCUCUCGAUACAAGGUGCGACUAGUUGCAAAAGGUUACCAUCAAUUUCCUGGCUUUGAUUACUCAGAUGUUUUUAGUCCUGUAGUGAAACCAGUAACCAUACGUGCGGUUCUCUCCAUUGUUAUUACUCGUGGAUGGCAGAUUCUGAUUGGGCACGGGACUUAGAUGACCAUCGCUCCACUUCUGGUUAUUGUUUAUUUCUUGGAGAUAAUCUAGUUUCAUGGAGCUCAAAGAAACAAUCUACCGUCUCAUGCUCAAGUACUGAAGCUGAAUACCGUAGCUUAGCUAAUGCUACUUCUGAAUUAAUAUGAUUGCAAUCUUUACUUAAGGAGCUUCGAAUCUAUCAAACUAAAAUUCCAGUCAUCUGAUGUGAUAAUCUGAGCACAGUGGCACUUAGUGCUAAUCCAGUUUUACAUUCUCGUACAAAGCAUUUGGAGCUUGACCUUUACUUUGUUAGGGAACGAGUUCUUAAUAACACUCUUGCUGUCCAGCAUGUUCCCGCAUUAGAUCAAGUUGCAGACAUCCUCACAAAACCUCUUGCUGUUCAACAUUUUACUUGGUUGAAGCACAAACUCAGGGUUCUUUCUCCUACCACCCUUCGUUUGCGGGGAAAUAUUAGCAAAGAACAAAUCUGACCUGCUGAUACUUGCAAAUCCAUUGUAAAUUGGUAUUUGUAAAUGUGUACACCUGUUGCAAUCACAAUGCAUUUAGUUAGGCAAUUAGGAAACGUGUCACAGUCUCACACAAUCUCAGUGAUGAUAAUUUUCUAUAUAUAUC